UUCAAUAUGCUUGGUGUCAAUUGUCUGUUUUACAGUAGUUAUAUUCAGUGGACCAUCUUUAUUUCAGCACAUUACAGUCAUACUGUUGUGAUUUUUGCUUUUUAGUGUAUAUUAUGUAUUGAUUUCUCACUAUUUUAUUUACUUGCUUUCUGCAAUUUAAAUGUGAUGCAUUCGCUUGCCGACGAAAUCAAGGCUUUUUCCAAGACAUCGCUCAGGAAACAGAGCACACGAGUGACAACUAUAACUGGGAAAAGACUAAUCGAAACGCUGAGAGACGCUCGAGUGCAGGUCGUAGAAGAUGCUCAGCAAACAGAUGGAGCUUGUGGAUAUGUCCAGGACACCAGCCUUGAUCUGCAAGUUGGUGUUAUUGAACCGUGGCUUUUGCUGGCUUCACAAGAUGUGGCCCAUGAUUAUGGGAAAUUGAAAACAUACAAGGUUUCUCACAUCUUAAAUGUUGGCUAUGGGAUAGAAAAUGUCUUUCCCUGUGAGUUCAUUUAUAAAAAUGUUUCCAUACUGGAUCUCCCUGAGACUGCCAUUACCUCAUACUUUCAAGAAUGCUUUGACUUUAUUGACCAAGCAAAGACACAGAAUGGUGUGGUGCUGGUUCACUGCAAUGCUGGAGUGUCACGUUCUGCAUCUAUAGUGAUAGGUUAUCUCAUGCGGUUAUAUGGACUUGGCUUUAAAGAUGCUUUCUCAGUAGUGAAGAAUGCAAGGCAGGUUAUCAAUCCUAACCGUGGGUUUAUGGAGCAAUUAAAGAACUACCAGCCAAAGAAAUGAAUAAAGUAGAAUGGCGUUGAAUAGAAGGACUGAAUUUCAUGGAUGCUAGGUACUUUCAACAGGAAAGCAAUGCUGUUAAUGCGAUUUAUACAUUUUCAGCUUGAUGAUUUUUAGGUGUAUUUAUUGUUAAUGUUUCCAAUAAUAAUAUUAUGUAAAUUUGAAUAAUUUAAUUAACGUUGUAUUUAUGCUGUUUUGGAUGUUGAUCAUUUGCAAUCUACAAAAAUCGAAACAGGUGAAUAUUGUGCUAAGUAAAAGGAAGUUGUGCUGUUUUGUAAAAUCAACAUCCUAGCAACAAAACUGUAGAUAUGUUUAAUUGAUAUAAAUCAAAAUAUGAUGUGGAACUUUAUAUGCAUGUUGUGGUUUAUUUUAGAUAAUUUUGGAUCAAUGUAUCUUAAAAUAUUUAUAUUUAUACAACUGUGCUUAUUUGAUGUGCAGUGGUUAAUAUUUGUGAUACUAGAUAUUCUACGAAUGAAAUUUACAUAGAAGAAAAAAAUUCUGUUGAUGCUAAGAAAUUGUAUAAAAUUAGUUGUAAAGUAGAAAUAGUUACAAAAUUGUCAAGCAGGAGUUUUGUUCAAAUUGAUUCACCUGCCAUUAUAAAUCACCAUUGAUAAAAGACAUGAUUUUAAGGGAGGUUCCCUUUAUUUAGAUAAGCAUAUUUUUUCCAAGAAGUGUCCCAAUUGGAUUCAAAAUCCUCAUACACCAGGAUCGCGUUAAAAGUUUAUAAAAAAGCAUUUGAAUUUCAUUCUCUUUAUAAUCAGUGUGGCCUGGAGCAUUUUGAUUAAAAAUGUACUAAAAUGUAACGAAAUGAUCAA